CAGUUCUUACUUUUCCGAGUUCACUGGAUUUCUGAAAAUGACGUUUCUAUCAUUAACAUACAUAUUCGUCAUAAUCAAUAUCGGGCUUGUAGUUGGUCUAAAUUUUACUGAUGCGGAGGUCGCUAAUCUUAGAGCCAGUUGCAAAAAUAAAACUCUGCCACCAAACAAUCAGCAAAAUGGACACACAGGAGUUUCACUGCAUGGGCAAAACGAAAGCUAUCAAUGGCUGGUGAGGGUUCGGUUGAAAGAUGGUACAGAGGGUAAAGAUUUAUACGAUUCUGGAGGAAGUUUCAUUUCAACGAGGCACGUCAUGGCUAAUUCUCAGUCCAUUUCGACGGGUAAAAAAAAGUGGGCUUUGAACGGUGCAGAUAUCGGUUCAUCAUGUAAUAAUGAUCCUGUUAUGGGAUCUCUUGGUAUUGAAGAAGUACCUUCUGAUGUCGUUGAUAAAAUGGAAGUGGUUAUUGAAAAGUGUCAAAAUAGCCGUACACGAAAUGUGACUAGUGCUUACGUGUUCAAUAUUUGUGCCAAUGCACAUAGUAAAUAUAAGUCUCAUUAUGCCCCGAUGCUCGUUGAAAUAGAAGGUGAACCAAAUGAGGAAUACGCAUGUCUUGCUGACACAUCUACUAUAUACAAAGAAGGUGAUAAAGUGCACAUGUAUGGGAUUGAAUACGAGAACAAUGCACGGUCAGAAAGUGAAUGGAAACACAGGAAUGAUCCGAUAGAAGAUUUCUACUCCGAAUGGAUCAGAACACUGAAACAAGGAUCGGAUAGGCCCCUUGCAAAAGGUGAUCGUGGCGGGCCACUUGUAACAGAUGAUGGAGUUCUAAUUGGAUUUGGAUCAACAUUUGCCCUUGCUGACAACGCUGAGAAUCAUUAUUUCUUUGAUAUCAAAUAUCUCAGUUCCGAAAUCUGCUAUUUGACAAAUAUUUGUGACAUAUAUUCUCCAUCUACAACUACAACACCCACAACUACGACACCUACAACUACAACACCUACAACUACAACAAAAAUCACUGCUUCCACAUCCAAGCCACCAGCAUUGAAUGAGACUGUUUCUACAAUCACAUUAAAAAGUGUUGUUCGUCCAACUACACCGAUUACUUAUUUGAAUCUCGAGGAACAUGAGGAACUCGACAAGGAAAAUGAUAAGGAGAAUGACAAUAUAGAUGUUGACACCGACUUGUAUCUCAGUGCAGAUUUUUUGAACAAUUCCCCUCGCGAGGCAGUAAGCAUUAUUAUCGCAAUUGUCGGUAUUUUAACUCUAUUAAACAUCCUCUGAUUCUAUUUGGCAAAUAAAAUAAUUGGAAGU